AGCUUGGGCAGUUGGCGGCGCUGCGGCGGUGGCGGCGGGUGGCAGUUGGGGCGAGCGGACUUCCCUCCCUCCCUUCCUCCCCCUCUCCCCUCCCCUGCCGGGCCCGUGCGGUCUCCCCGGAGCCGGGCUGGGCCGCGCCGGCACCAUGGAGCUGGAAGACGGCGUGGUGUACCAAGAGGAGCCAGGCGGCUCCGGGGCCGUGAUGUCGGAGCGGGUGUCCGGCCUGGCGGGCUCCAUCUACCGCGAGUUCGAGCGCCUGAUCGGGCGCUACGACGAGGAGGUGGUGAAGGAGCUGAUGCCGCUGGUGGUGGCCGUGCUCGAGAACCUGGACUCUGUGUUCGCGCAGGACCAGGAGCACCAGGUGGAGCUCGAGCUGCUGCGGGACGACAACGAGCAGCUCAUCACCCAGUACGAGCGCGAGAAGGCACUGCGCAAGCACGCCGAGGAGAAAUUUAUUGAAUUUGAAGAUUCCCAAGAACAGGAAAAAAAGGACUUACAAACUCGAGUGGAAUCCUUAGAGUCCCAAACAAGACAACUUGAACUCAAAGCAAAAAACUAUGCUGACCAGAUUAGCAGACUUGAGGAGCGAGAAUCAGAGUUGAAGAAAGAAUACAAUGCACUACAUCAAAGACACACGGAGAUGAUCCAUAAUUAUAUGGAACACUUAGAAAAAACAAAACUUCAUCAGCUAUCAGGGAGUGAUCAACUAGAAUCCACAACUCAUAGUAGAAUUAGAAAAGAACAACGCCCUAUAUCAUUAGGAAUCUUCCCACUGCCUGCAGGAGAUGGACUGCUUACGCCUGAUACUCAGAAAGGAGUUGAUACACCAGGAUCAGAACAUUGGAAGUUCCAAGAAUUAAGCCAGCCUCGUUCUCAUACCAGCCUUAAGGAUGAACUUUCUGAUAUCAGCCAGGGAGGAUCCAAGGCUACUACUCCAGCAUCGACAGCUGCUUCCGAUGUUGCCGCCAUUCCUGCUGACACUCCUUUGAAGGAGGACAAUGACGGCUAUUCGAAGGCUGCAGAUAAGUCAGAGACGGGCAAGCAUAUUGAAGUACAGGUAGCUCAAGAUACUAGGAGUGUGUCAAUUGGCUCUAAUGAAAAUGAAGAUAAAUCAGAAGUGCAGGCAAUCAUUGAAUCUACUCCUGAGCUGGAUAUGGAUAAAGACCUCAGUGGAUAUAAAGGCUCGAGCACUCCUACCAAAGGUAUAGAGAACAAAGCUUUUGACAGAAAUACAGAAUCUCUCUUUGAAGAACUGUCUUCAGCUGGCUCUGGCUUGAUUGGAGAUGUAGAUGAAGGAGCAGAUCUACUGGGAAUGGGUCGUGAAGUUGAGAAUCUUAUUCUGGAAAACACACAACUCUUGGAAACCAAAAAUGCUUUGAACGUAGUGAAGAAUGAUCUGAUAGCAAAAGUGGAUGAGUUGACCUGUGAGAAGGAUGUGCUACAAGGGGAACUGGAGGCUGUGAAGCAGGCCAAACUGAAACUGGAGGAGAAGAACAAAGAAUUGGAAGAAGAGCUUAGAAAAGCUCGAGCAGAAGCUGAAGAAGCAAGGCAAAAAGCAAAAGAUGAUGAUGAUAGUGACAUACCCACAGCUCAGAGGAAGCGGUUUACUCGAGUAGAGAUGGCACGUGUCCUCAUGGAAAGAAACCAGUAUAAAGAGAGGUUGAUGGAGCUUCAAGAAGCUGUGCGAUGGACCGAGAUGAUAAGGGCUUCAAGAGAAAAUCCAGCCAUGCAGGAAAAAAAAAGGUCAAGCAUUUGGCAAUUUUUCAGCCGACUUUUUAGUUCCUCAAGUAAUACCUCCAAGAAGCCUGACCCCCCAGUUAAUCUAAAAUAUAAUGCACCGACCUCCCAUGUUACCCCCUCUGUCAAGAAAAGAAGCAGCACUUUAUCUCAGCUACCUGGGGAUAAAUCGAAAGCUUUUGACUUCCUCAGCGAAGAAACUGAAGCCAGCUUAGCUUCCCGAAGAGAACAGAAGAGAGAACAGUACCGCCAGGUGAAGGCACAUGUUCAGAAGGAAGACGGCAGAGUGCAAGCUUUUGGCUGGAGUUUGCCUCAGAAGUACAAACAGGUAGCAAAUGGUCAGGGUGAAAAUAAGAUGAAAAAUUUGCCUGUGCCUGUCUAUCUUAGACCUUUAGAUGAAAAAGACACAUCAAUGAAGCUGUGGUGUGCUGUUGGAGUCAAUUUGUCUGGCGGGAAGACGAGAGACGGUGGCUGUGUGGUUGGAGCCAGUGUGUUCUAUAAUGACGUGACGACUCUGGAUGCAGAAGACAACAAGCAACGCAGUGCCUCUCAGAGCAGCUUGGACCGCUUAGAUCAGGAGCUCAAGGAGCAGCAGAAAGAAUUAAAACAUCAGGAAGAAUUGUCCAGUCUUGUCUGGAUCUGCACCAGCACUCACUCAGCCUCCAAAGUUCUUGUUGUCGACGCUAAUCAGCCUGGCAACAUCCUCGACAGUUUCACCGUUUGCAACUCCCACGUUCUUUGUAUUGCAAGUGUCCCAGGGGCACGAGAAACAGACUAUCCUGUAGGAGAAGAGACUACAGAAUCUAGUCAAGUGGACAAAGCCUCAUUGUGUGGAAGUAUGACCAGCAACAGUUCAACAGAAACAGACAGUUUGUUGGGAGGCAUCACCGUGGUUGGUUGUACAGCAGAAGGUGUUAUAGGACCAGCUGCUUCACCUAAUACUAAUGGUUCUUCCCCAGUGGUAGAAAAACCACCAGAAACAGAAGCAGAAAACAGUGAGGCAGAUGAAACCAUUCCAACAGCAGAAGAAGCAACUGAAGCAACAGAAGGAAAUGCAGGAUCAGGGGAAGACAUUGUGGAUCUCACCCAGCCUGGAGUCUACACAGAGCAUGUCUUUACAGAUCCCUUGGGGGUGCAAAAUACUGAAGAGGGGUCUCCUGUAUAUCACUCAAGCAAUGAAUCAGAUGUAUAUAAAGAUCAAAUAACAGUAUUGCCAAGUGAACAAGACCUGGUGCGAGAAGAAGCUCAGAAAAUGAGCAGCCUUUUACCAACCAUGUGGCUUGGAGCACAGAACGGAUGUUUAUAUGUCCAUUCAUCAGUGGCCCAGUGGAGGAAAUGUCUCCAUUCCAUUAAACUUAAAGAUUCAAUUCUCAGUAUUGUACAUGUGAAAGGAAUUGUAUUGGUUGCACUGGCUGAUGGAACACUGGCAAUUUUUCAUAGAGGAGUUGAUGGUCAGUGGGAUUUGUCAAACUAUCACCUUUUGGACCUAGGACGACCUCACCAUUCAAUCCGAUGCAUGACUGUGGUACAUGAUAAAGUCUGGUGUGGCUAUAGGAAUAAAAUCUAUGUGGUUCAACCAAAGGCCAUGAAAAUAGAGAAAUCAUUUGAUGCCCACCCAAGGAAAGAGAGCCAAGUGAGACAGCUGGCGUGGGUUGGUGACGGAGUGUGGGUCUCAAUUCGUUUGGAUUCUACCCUGCGUCUCUAUCAUGCACAUACAUAUCAGCAUCUACAGGAUGUGGACAUUGAACCUUAUGUAAGCAAAAUGUUAGGUACUGGAAAAUUGGGCUUCUCCUUUGUGAGAAUCACAGCUCUUAUGGUAUCUUGUAAUCGUUUGUGGGUAGGGACAGGAAAUGGCGUCAUUAUCUCCAUCCCACUAACAGAAACGGUAAUCCUCCACCAGGGACGUUUACUGGGGCUGCGGGCAAAUAAAACCUCAGUAGGACCCGGAAACCGUCCUGGAAGUGUAAUCCGUGUGUAUGGUGAUGAAAAUAGUGAUAAAGUAACUCCAGGAACAUUUAUACCGUAUUGCUCAAUGGCACAUGCCCAACUCUGCUUCCAUGGGCACCGGGAUGCUGUCAAAUUCUUUGUUGCAGUACCAGGUCAGGUGGUCAGCCCACCAAGUGCUGCUACGGCAGCUGCUUCUGCUAGUGGUGGUGGUGGUGGCAGCGGCAGCAGCGGCAGCAUAGAACUAGCAGGUGACAAGCCAGGACCGCCUGCCCAGGAGUCCAGCCAGAACCCCUUGAAGUCCAUGCUUGUGAUUAGCGGAGGAGAGGGAUAUAUAGAUUUCAGAAUGGGUGAUGAAGGUGGAGACUCAGAGCUCCUUGGAGACGCCCUCUCACUUGAACCCUCUGUGGCCAAAGCUGAAAGAAGUCACUUGAUAGUGUGGCAAGUGAUGCAUGGCAGUGAAUGAAUGAAUGCAGCAGAAACAUCUGGGGAGGAGAGAAGUCUCUUCUGCAUGGUUCCCCCCAUCCCCACCCCCUUUAUUUAAUGCUCUCUUUGUGGAAUCAGUUUCACUACAUAAUGUUUGAGCAUUUUUCCUGUUAACUUUAUAUUACAAAAUCUGUCCUGCCAUAACAAUACAGGAACUAGCUGUUUUACUACACCAGUGUUAUAGGCAACUUCAGUGUAUUAUGAACAAAUCAGAGAAUGUUUACUUUCUUAAAACUGGUGAACUAUAGUAAGCAAUCUAUAUGUGGUUUACUUCACCACAGUCUAACAUAAUUCACUUCUUUUAAUGGAAUCACUUUUUAGUUGUCACUAAUAAUGGAGUCAAUGGAAAACACUUGAUAAAUUAAACUGUCUGUACUAUUAAGUAAAAUUACAAAGUUUCCCCCAGUGUAUUAUAAAACUGACAAAAACUAAUAACAGGUGGAAUCAUCUGGAUUUAGCUAAAUGUCCUUGGAGGGCAAAAAACAAAGUGUAAAUUACUUUAACUUUCAUUUUCAAAUCUGACAAAUCUUGUUUAUAUAGUAUAUAAAACUUUGUCGUUUCCAUCAGAUUUUAGGGGGGUGGGGUUUGUAUUAAAGAAAUUAAGACUAUGUUAUUUAAAUAAAAGUUUCAUGUUUCUGA